AUGCCGGAAACCACCAACGGCCGGCCACAGGCCAACGGCAAGGUCUCAUAUGCCGAGAAGUACAAUAUUGCGGACCACUUCAUUGGAGGCAACCGCUUGGAGAAUGCGCCUGCGAGCAAGGUCAAGGACUUUGUCGCCCAGAACGGAGGUCACACCGUCAUCACAAACGAAUUGCAAUUGCCAGACACUGACAUUCUGGGACACCCCACCCUGCAGGUUUUGAUUGCCAACAACGGUAUUGCAGCCGUCAAGGAAAUUCGCUCCGUGCGAAAAUGGGCCUACGAAACGUUCGGCGACGAGAGGGCUAUUCAUUUCACUGUCAUGGCCACCCCGGAUGAUCUGGAGGCCAACGCCGACUACAUUCGCAUGGCAGAUCACUACGUGGAGGUUCCCGGAGGCACAAACAACCACAACUAUGCCAACGUGGAAUUGAUUGUGGACAUUGCCGAGCGCAUGAACGUCCACGCCGUGUGGGCUGGAUGGGGUCACGCCUCCGAAAACCCGAAGCUGCCCGAGUCGCUGGCAGCAUCACCCAAGAAGAUUGUCUUCAUCGGACCUCCGGGAUCGGCUAUGCGAUCGCUCGGUGACAAAAUCUCCUCCACAAUUGUCGCCCAGCACGCAGAUGUGCCUUGUAUCCCCUGGUCGGGAACUGGUGUCGACGAUGUCGAGGUUGACGAUAACGGCAUUGUCACAGUUCCCGAUGAUGUGUAUUCGAAAGGUUGCGUACAGUCGUGGGAGGAGGGUCUUGUCAAGGCCAAGGAGAUUGGCUUCCCUAUCAUGAUCAAGGCCUCAGAAGGUGGUGGUGGUAAGGGUAUCCGAAAGGCCCUGGGCGAGGAGGGCUUCGAGGCGCUGUACAAGGCUGCCGCGAGCGAGAUUCCCGGAUCCCCCAUCUUCAUUAUGAAGCUGGCUGGCAAUGCCAGGCAUUUGGAGGUCCAACUUCUGGCUGAUCAGUACGGACACAACAUUUCUCUCUUCGGCAGAGAUUGUUCCGUUCAGAGACGUCACCAGAAGAUUAUCGAAGAAGCACCCGUCACAAUUGCCAAGGCCGACACAUUCAAGGCCAUGGAGGAUGCGGCCGUCCGUCUGGGUAAACUGGUCGGUUACGUUUCCGCCGGUACUGUCGAGUACUUGUACUCGCACGCCGACGACAAGUUCUAUUUCCUCGAGCUCAACCCUCGUCUGCAGGUCGAGCAUCCCACCACUGAAAUGGUGAGCGGUGUAAAUCUGCCCGCAGCUCAGCUCCAGAUUGCCAUGGGUCUCCCUUUGCAUCGAAUCCGUGAUAUCAGACUCCUCUACGGCGUCGACCCCAAAACCUCGGGCGAAAUCGAUUUCGAGUUCAAGAACGAGGGUACCUCACUCACACAGCGCCGCCCCACCCCCAAGGGCCACACAACCGCCUGCCGUAUCACCUCGGAGGAUCCUGGUGAGGGUUUCAAGCCUUCCAACGGUGUGAUGCACGAGCUCAACUUCAGGAGUAGUUCCAACGUUUGGGGUUACUUCUCCGUUGGUACUCAGGGUGGAAUCCACAGUUACUCAGACAGUCAGUUUGGUCACAUCUUCGCCUACGGUGAGAACCGUGCUGCUUCGCGAAAGCACAUGGUUGUCGCUCUCAAGGAAUUGAGCAUUCGUGGUGAUUUCAAGACCACCGUCGAAUAUCUCAUCAAGCUUCUUGAGACCGAGGAUUUCGAGGAGAAUACCAUCUCCACAGGCUGGCUGGAUGAGCUCAUUUCCAAGCGUCUCACUGCCGAGCGCCCUGACAGCAUGCUCGCUGUUGUUUGCGGUGCCAUCACCAAGGCCCACAUUGAGAGCGAGGAGUGCAUGUCCCUCUACCGCGCCGGUCUUGAGAAGGGCCAGGUUCCUCCCACUCAGAUGCUCAAGACGACUUUCAACAUUGAUUUCAUCUACGACGGGUACAGGUACAAGUUCACUGCUACGCGCUCUAGUACUGAUGCCUAUCACCUGUUCAUCAAUGGAUCCAAGUGCACCGUUGGUGUCCGUGCCCUGAGAGAUGGUGGUCUCCUCAUCCUUCUCGACGGCCACAGUCACAACGUCUACUGGAAGGAGGAAGUCGGUGCCACCCGUCUCUCCGUCGAUUCCAAGACCUGCCUGCUGGAGCAGGAGAACGACCCCACCCAGCUGCGAACUCCUAGCCCUGGCAAGCUCGUCAAGUACUCUGUUGAGAACGGCGCUCAUAUCAAGGCUGGCCAGACCUACGCGGAAGUUGAGGUCAUGAAGAUGCACAUGCCUCUGGUCGCCCAGGAGGACGGUAUUGUGCAGCUCAUCAAGCAGCCCGGAACUGGUCUUGAGGCUGGUGAUAUUCUGGGUAUACUCGCCCUGGAUGACCCUAGCCGUGUUAAGCAGGCCCAGCCCUUCGUUGGCAAGCUCCCCGAGUAUGGCGACCCGGUUGUCGUUGGUACCAAGUCUGCCCAGCGCUUCACCCUUCUUCACAACAUUCUUGUCAAUAUUCUUCAGGGUUUCGAUAACUCUGUUAUCAUGGCAGUCACACUCAAGGAGCUCAUCGAAGUCCUCCGCAACCCUGACCUUCCCUACAGCGAGUGGAAUGCUCAGUUCUCUGCUCUCCACUCCCGCAUGCCCCAGAAGCUUGAUGCCGCCUUUAGCCACAUCAUCGAGAGAGCCAAGGCCCGUCACACCGAGUUUCCUUCCAAGGCCUUGAGCAAGACUUUCGCCAAGUUCCUCGAGGACAGCGUUGCUCCUGCCGAUGUUGACACUCUCAAGACUACUCUUGAGCCUCUCACCAACAUCACCAACCAGUAUGCGGAUGGCCAGAAGGCCCGAGAGCUCAGUGUUAUCCAGAACCUUCUUGAGCAGUACUGGGAUGUCGAGAAGCUGUUCAUGGACCAGCGCCAGGACGAGACUGUUAUCCUGAAACUGCGUGAUCAGCACAAGGAGGAGAUGGCCAAAGUUGUCCAGACCGUGCUCUCACACAGCCGUGUCAGCGCCAAGAGCUCACUUCUCCUGGCUAUUCUGGAAGAGUAUCGCCCCAACAAGCCCAACGUCGGCAACAUCGCCAAGUACUUGCGCGAGACCCUCCGCAAGCUGACCGAGCUCCAGUCAUCUCGACCUACCUCCAAGGUGUCGCUUAAGGCCCGUGAGAUCAUGAUCCAGUGCGCCCUGCCUUCCAUGGAAGAGAGAACCUCCCAGAUGGAGCACAUUCUCCGAUCCUCAGUUGUCGAUUCUACCUAUGGUGAGACGGGAUGGGAGCACCGAGAGCCCAACCUGGACGUGAUCAAGGAGGUUGUUGACUCCAAGUAUACCGUUGUGGAUGUCUUGACCCUGUUCUUCGCACACGAGGACCCCUAUGUCGCGAUUGCGGCUCUCGAGGUCUAUGUUCGCCGCGCCUACCGAGCGUACGUCCUGAAGAAGAUUGAGUAUCACGCUGACGAGAUUGAUGCUCCUCAGUAUCUCUCCUGGGACUUCAACCUGCGCAAGAUUGGCCAGUCCGAGUUCGGGCUUCCUCUGCUGUCAACUGGCCCUUCAGGUCCCCCAACACCCGGCGAUGCCGACCCUCUCCGCCUGGAGGCUAUUGGACGUAUUCGAUCAGUUAGUGACAUGUCUUACAUGACUGCCAAGAUAACUGAGGAGCCCAACCGCAAGGGUGUUAUCAUCCCCUGCAAGUAUCUCGAGGAUGCUGAAGAGCUUCUGCCCAAGGCCUUGGAGACUCUGGGCUACGCCCAGAAGCAGGCCAAGUCAACCAACCGCGGCCUUGUUAGUGAGCUCGCUCGCCAGCGAAAUCCCUCUGUCGCUGGCAGCCUCAAGGUUCACACUGGAGAGCUCUCAGCUGUUGUCAACGUUGCAGUCAGAGAUGCUGAGGCUACCAAUGAUCAGGAGACCCUUGACCGCCUCAACUCCCUGAUUGCUCCGUUCAAGGAAGAUUUGCUAUCUCGUGGCGUUCGCCGCUUGACCUUCAUCUGUGGAAAUAGCGACGGAUCUUACCCUCGCUACUACACAUUCCGUGGUCCCGAGUACAAUGAGGAUGACAGUAUUCGUCACAUGGAGCCUGCCCUGGCCUUCCAGCUGGAACUGGCCCGCCUUGCCAAGUUCAAUAUCAAGCCUGUAUUCACGGAAAACAAAAACAUCCACGUUUACGAGGCCCUUGGCAAGACUGUCGACACCGACAAGCGAUACUUCACACGUGCCGUCAUUCGCCCUGGCCGUCUCCGUGAUGAGAUCCCUACCGCCGAGUACCUGAUAUCCGAGGCCGAUCGUGUUGUCAACGAUAUUUUCGAUGCUCUGGAGAUCACUGGCAACAACGGUUCCGAUCUGAACCACAUCUUCAUGAACUUCACCCCUGUCUUCCAGCUUCACCCUCGCGAUGUUGAGCAGAGUCUGCAGGGCUUCUUGGACCGCUUCGGAAUCCGUGCUUGGAGACUGCGUGUGGCUCAGGUCGAAAUCCGCAUUAUCUGCACUGACCCCCAGACCGGCACUCCUUACCCUCUCCGUGUUAUCAUUACCAACACCUCUGGUUUCAUUGUUGAUGUCGACUUGUAUGCCGAGCGCAAGUCGGAGAAGGGCGAGUGGGUUUUCCAGAGCAUUGGCGGUACCAAGGACAAGGGUCCUAUGCACCUGAUGGCUGUUUCCACCCCAUACGCCACCAAGAACUGGCUGCAGCCCAAGCGAUACAAGGCCCAUCUUAUGGGAACCCAGUACGUUUACGAUUUCCCCGAGCUCUUCCGUCAAGCUAUCCAGAACUCUUGGGCCAAGGCCGUCGAGAAGCAGCCUUCCCUGGGUCCCCAGCAGCCCAAGACUGGUGAGUGCCUCGCCUUCACCGAGCUUGUCCUCGAUGACAAGGACAACUUGGAAGAGGUCAACCGUGAACCUGGAACCAACUCUUGCGGUAUGGUCGGUUGGAUUUUCCGUGCUCGUACCCCUGAGUACCCUGGCGGACGUCGCUUCAUUGUCGUUGCCAACGACAUUACCUACAAGAUUGGUUCUUUCGGUCCUAAGGAGGAUAACUUCUUCCACAAGUGCACCGAACUCGCUCGCAAGCUUGGUAUCCCUCGCAUUUACCUCUCCGCCAACUCUGGUGCCCGCCUGGGCUUGGCUGAAGAGUUGAUGCCUCACUUCAAGGUUGCAUGGAACGAUGCCGCCAAGCCAGAUGCUGGUUUCCGUUACCUGUAUCUGGAUGAGGAGACAAAGACUCGGUUCGAGCAUUCCGUUAUUACCGAGGAGGUUUCCGAGGGGGGUGAGAAGCGAUUCAAGAUUGUCACUGUUGUUGGAAAGGAGGAUGGCCUGGGUGUCGAGUGCUUGCGAGGCUCUGGUCUGAUCGCCGGUGCUACCAGCCGAGCGUACAACGACAUCUUCACCGUCACCCUCGUCACUUGCCGUUCAGUUGGUAUUGGUGCCUACCUUGUUCGUCUCGGCCAGCGUGUCGUCCAGAUCGAGGGCCAACCCAUUAUCCUGACAGGUGCCCCUGCCCUGAACAACCUGCUCGGUCGUGAAGUCUACACUUCCAACCUGCAGCUUGGUGGCACCCAGAUCAUGUACCGCAACGGUGUCUCUCACAUGACUGCAAACGACGAUUUCGCUGGUGUAUCCAAGAUUGUUGAGUGGAUGUCGUUCGUACCUGACAAGCGCAACAACCCCGUUGCCCUGAGCCCCGUCAUUGAUGAGUGGGAUCGUGAUGUCAUCUACACCCCUCCCCAGAAGCAGCCGUAUGAUGUUCGCUGGUUGAUUAGUGGUAAGACUGAGGAUGAUGGAAGCUUCCAGAGCGGUCUCUUCGACAAGGACUCCUUCGUCGAGGCUCUUGGCGGCUGGGCUCGUACCGUUGUGGUUGGUCGUGCUCGUCUCGGUGGUAUCCCCCUGGGUGUCAUUGCUGUCGAGACUCGCACGGUCGAGAACAUCACCCCUGCCGACCCUGCCAACCCUGACUCUAUCGAGCAGGUCGGCCAGGAGGCUGGUGGUGUCUGGUACCCCAACUCUGCCUUCAAGACUGCUCAGGCUAUCAACGACUUCAACAAUGGUGAGCAGCUGCCUUUGAUGAUCCUUGCCAACUGGCGUGGUUUCUCUGGCGGUCAGCGCGACAUGUACAACGAGGUUCUCAAGUACGGUUCGUUUAUUGUCGACGCCCUCGUCAAGUAUGAACAGCCCAUCUUCAUCUACAUUCCUCCCUUCGGUGAGCUGCGUGGUGGAUCAUGGGUCGUCGUCGAUCCCACCAUCUCCCCAGACACCAUGGAGAUGUAUGCUGAUGAGGAGGCUCGUGGUGGUGUCCUGGAGCCUGAGGGCAUCAUCGGCAUCAAGUACCGCAAGGACAAGCAGCUGGCAACCAUUGCCCGCCUGGAUGAGACCUACGCCAGCCUCAAGAAGCAGCUCGAGAACAAGAAUCUCACCGCCGAAAAGUCUGAAGAGAUUAAGAAGCAGAUGACUGAGCGUGAGAAGCAGCUGCUGCCCAUCUACGCCCAGAUUGCUGCCCAGUACGCUGACCUCCACGACCGUGCUGGACGUAUGAAGGCCAAGGGUGUCAUUCGUGAGCAGCUUGAGUGGAUCAACGCCCGCCGCUUCUUCUACUGGCGUCUGCGCCGAAGACUCAACGAGGAGUUCGUCCUCAGGAAGAUGUCCACCAGCGCCCUGGCUCCUGUCGCCAACCAGAGCACUGCUCAGAAGAGCCAGCAACGCGCCCAGAACCUGCACCUCCUGAAGAGCUGGUCUGGCAUCAAUGACUGGGAGAAGAACGAUCAGGCUGUAUCCGAGUGGUACGAGUCUGAGAGGAAGAAGAUCGGAGAGAAGGUCGAGGCGCUCAAGAACGAGCACCUUGCCGAGGAAGUUGCCACAUUGGUUCGCGACAACAAGCGUGCCGGAUGGAAGGGUGUGAGAGAUGCUCUGAGAGUGAUGCCCGUGGAGGAGCGGGACGAGCUCUUCAAGUAUCUCAAGGGUUAA